AUGCAGACAAGCAUACCUCGCUCGCCGCGCUUUGACCUUCCGCCUGCACCUGUCUAUACCACUUCCAGUACAGCGGACAACGGACUUGCAGAGUGGACGAGCAGGAUCAAGGCAAUGCAACGCCAGGUCGAUGCGGAUGAUGAGGCAGAGCAACGUCAUCUCGAGGAAGAAAUCGUGCGGGCACGACUUGCGAGGAUGAGACGAAGUACAUCAGGCAUGAGUGGUGAUUUUGGCACCGGCAUGCAUGGUAUUGAUCUGGGCAAACUACAGGAGUCAUCAUCUAGUGCCACUCCUCCGCCAAAUGAUCUGCUUGCGGGCAACACUACUGCACCUGCCUCAGAGAAGCCACCUCGAGCUAUACCUCCACAUAAACCAGCAGGAUCAUCUAAUACCACACCAAAGAGAGUCCCUAUGUCAUUGGCUGCAUUUAUGGGUGGAUCAACUGCCGCAGGCCCUCGAUUAAAGCGCCACGAGCCACAACAGGACCCCACUGUUGUACAUGAUGGGCGUAAGGAUCAUGGUCUCGUGCAUCCAAUCUUCGGAAAAAAUGGAAUUGCCAUGCCUGGGAUGGUUAAAGGAGGUGCACAACCUCCUGCAGCUGCCACAUCCCCAACUUCAGCUGCCACAUCCGUUCGUGCAUUUCUCACUUCCGCACCAGAUAUCGUGAGAUCCCGUACCACGAGUACUUCCUCGGUUGCCCGUCGAUAUGUAGAGCAACUUGAAAGCCAGCCGCAGUCUUCGAACCCAGGCCUUGUAGGGCAAGGCAUUCGGGAGCGCAGGAUAAGCACUCCCGCCGGUAACAUGUCAGCACAGCUGAAAGUAGAUACGCCACACUCGCCGUCUUACCGUCUGUCUCAGAAUUAUGGUGCCAAAGCUGCUGUGGUUAUACCAACUUCCUUCGUUGAACUUCGGCCGAAAACUCCCAUCACUGCGGAGACGCGCCCCAAGACACCUGUUGCUGAAACUCGUGUGAAGAUUUCCAAUCCUGAGGCGAAGACCCCCAACCCUGAGCCCAAUCGUGCAAAAACACCUGAUGCAGAUUCUGGUUACACGAAGAGCCCGAUUUAUACACCUUCAAAUUCCUCUCAGCCCUCUUGGACACCCAGACAACAGUCUGCUCCAAUCCCAACCACUCCGACGUCCCCUGUGCGGCAGACUUACUCUCCACAGCCAUCGCGCGGGGUUUCCCCUGCCUUUCUGCGUCCACCUGCCACUUCUUCUAACAAGGAUCCAACGCCAAGUAUCAGCCGGUUGCAGGGUCGUGGCUUCGUGCAGAGUGUUGUUCAAGCCAGUGGGCGUCUCGAAUCGGCGGCAGGAACCGCGAGGAGAGAGAGCAUAUUUGGAUCCCCAACUCAAGCUGCCAGUGAAAUACGAGAUAAGAAUGCUAGAAGAGCAAGUGUCUUAGAUCGUUGGCAGCCUGCAAUGAAUAAUGUUGGAACACCAUCACCACCCCCACAAUCCCCAUUCCCAGCAAAUCGCGGAAAGACACCAGAAGCCAGGCGACCAGAAGCGAAAACCCACGACACAGAAUUUCCUUCGAAAAGUGCUGUAUCCAUUCCCACCCAUCCGAAGACGCCAUCUGGGGAGACCAGUGCUCUUCCUAAGAGCGCAGACCAUAACUUAGGGUCCUCCACCACAAUGCUUACAUACAUCAAGCCAAACAAGACUGGUGAUGAUCCAGUCGUUCGCAAUGUUGAUGAACUGGGGAUGAAAGCGGAUGGGAGUGAGGCGAGGACCCGUGUAUCUUCAUCUCCUAACAAGCCAUUGAAUCAUGUGCGUGCUCUCCGGUAA